AGAGAGAUUGUCGAAAGAUUUGGAUGAUGAAAAUAUAUGCCAAGGUUAGAUAAGACCUGAAUGCCAAUAACUCCACUAAUGAGAACGAAAUCUCAACAUUUGCGUCGUAUCUCUAGAAGGCCGAAACUGCAACACACAUGAAUACUGAAAAUAAACCGUCGCCACCAAACAAAUCAGGUCGGGAAAAGAAGUCAUUGCCCGUAACACAGGGGAAAACAACUGGACAAAGAAAAAAGAAAUCUUUAGUUAGUCCAGUGAAAAAAGAUAACAAAGGAUUAAUUCAGGAUAAGAAACAGGAGCCAUCGCCCGUUAUGCAUGGGGAAACAACUGGACAAAGAAACAAGGAAGCCUCAGCUGACAGUGCAGUCAACAAAGAGGACAAAAGAUCAAUUCAGGAUAAGGAACAGGAGUCAUCGACCGACACGCAUGGGGAAUCAACUGAACAAAGAAACAAGGAAGCCUCAGCUGACAGUGCUGUCAACAAAGAGGACAAAAGAUCAAUUCAGGAUAAGGAACAGGAGUCAUCGACCGACACGCAUGGGGAAUCAACUGAACAAAGAAACAAGGAAGCCUCAGCUGACAGUGCAGUCAACAAAGAGGACAAAAGAUCAAUUCAGGAUAAGGAACAGGAGUCAUCGUCCGUUACGCAUGGGGAAACAACUGGACAAAGAAAUCAGAAAACCUUAGUUAACGGUGCAGUCAACAAAGAGGGUAAAGGAUCAAUUCAGGAUCAGGAAGAAGAGUCAUCGACCACCGCACAUGGGGAAACAACAGGACAAAGAAAUGAGAAAGAUUUAGUUAUUAGUGCGGUGAACAAAGAUGAUAAAGGAUCAGAUCAGGGUGACAAUACGAGCAAAGGGGCAUUGGACAGUGAAUGCAGAUCUUCCUCUCAACAUUGGAAACGAAUUUACAUUAAAUGUCUUUCAAAUCUCCCAAAGCGAGCAUUUUCAAACUUCGCUGAGAGAUAUAUUACAAACAUUGAACCAAUUUGGAUGGCAGAUGAAGAUCUCAUACAAGAGGGAUCCCUCUGUAUUUCCGUUUGUUUCAAUCUGUCUCGUCUUCAGGAUGAGAUUGCAGCUGUCAUUCAAGUUACACCAAAGGGUUGUACGAACAUGCUUGUUGUGAUCCAGAACUGUAGAGAAGGAAUGUCACCAAGACCAAUGCUGAGGAGUAAUCCGAAUGAUAUCUUUAAAGACUUUACAAACAUCCUGUAUGACGAUGGAGAGUGUUACGAUUGUCAUAUCAAUUCUCUGGCUAGAGAAAAAGUUCAGGCUUUCAUCGACAAUAACUAGAACAUAUGUUGAUGCGUAUAUGUAUCUCUUUGUUUGAUGCCAAUAUAUCGUUUACAUUAUAUACCUUUUGAAGACCUGUCUGUUUUCUGUAUAGAGAGUAUGAAUUAAUAGAAAACAAGAGCACCGUUAAGAGGAAUAUCGGGAUGGAUUAGUCUAAAUGUGCUAUGAAUCUUAAGAAUACAUAUCCUUCACAAACUCUUUCUCUUUCUUUCUCAGAUGACAGUAAGGUUGUUUUUUUGUAUC